AACAAGGAAGUUCACCACACUCCAGUCUUCGUCUGCGCCCUCUCCGCAAAUCUGACACAAUAUCGUCGUUAUUUCUGUGAGGAAGGUGACUGCUCACCUGUCGGUAUGGCGAUGUCAACCUUUCAGAAGGUGACCCUCGCGACGGGCCUCGUGCUGUGCGUCGCGUUGCUGCUUCCUAAAAUGCUGUUAUCCCGGGGGAGGAAGGAUGCUGCCGAGCGGCCGGAGGGUUCAGGACGGUUCCCUCCAAUGUUGCACCGUCAGAUGGCUCCGGAGAGCAGAGGUCAGAGAGCCGCCGGGUCCGGAGCCUCCAGGGCCCACAACACAGAGGCCAUAGGCAGAGGCAAGGGAGCAGGAACAGGGGCGGGAGCUGGAGGCAAAUCCAACCUGGCAGGACAGAUCAUCCCUGUGUAUGGCUUCGGGAUCUUGCUCUACAUCCUCUACAUCCUCUUUAAGAUCACGUCUAAAGGGAGCAGCAAGCCAGCAGAGGGGAGGUUCCCUGCAUCACGCUCAGAGAACCUCAAGAGAAAGAUCACUGAUUUCCAGCUGGCCCAGCUGCAGGAGAAGCUGAGGGAGACAGAGCUGGUGAUGGAGAAGAUUGUUUCCAACGCCCACCACAGUCCUAACAGGGUGAAGGGCGUGAUGGCAGACCAGGAGGAGAGCCUCCUUCAGCAGUUGACGGAGAUAACACAGAUGAUGCAGGAGGGUCAGCUGGUGGAGGGAAUGGCUCCAGAGAAGAAGCCCCAGGAUGAGUGGAAAGAUUAUCCAGAAGAGCCUCAUCCAUACUGGGAACAUUCCCACUGCUGUUGUAAGGAGCACCACCACAGUCCACAGACAGAGGCAGAGAGAACAGAAGGCGACGGGGCCGACCUGCUCGAAAAUCUCCCUGCAGACGUCACAGGUGGAGGCGUGGUCGAGGAAGCAGAAGAUCUGAGCGAAAGAGCUGCGAGAGAAUCUGAUCUGACAGCAGCAAGUAGAGACGAUGUAGGGUUAGAGAGCGAUUUAGGGAAAACUGAGGAGGAGGACAUGCACGAACACAGAAAGCAACUGGGUCAGAUUGAUCUGGGUGUCCCAGAGGAGGAACUGGUUGGAGUCCUGAAAGAGCUGGAGCUCACGCUGAGAAUGACAUCCGUAUUGGAGCAGGAGAAGAUUAAGGACCUGGUGCAACCAGUGGACUCGGAAACGGCUUGCAGCUUGGUCAGACGGAGAAACAAGAGGAGAAGAGCAAAGAAAGACACAAACUGACCAACGCGAUUCAGAUACAGUCAACUUGAGCCGGGGUCUGGUUUGUGAGGGCAGAUGGGGUUUUUAGUCUGUUCUCAUCAGAUCGGAAGUAACAUGAAAGCUGGUGAUAGCAUGACAGUUUCUCCAGCCUUGCUUAACUUUAAGUGAAUACAUGAGAAAAGAUGUGAACAGGGCAUAUUUUAUAUCAGUAAUAUCAGCUUGAUCCAGUGGCUGAAAGGUUUAUAAAACCCUCAUUAUCUAAUACAGUAUUACCCGUCUGCAUGCAUGAAUUCAUAAUGUGCUUCCAGGAUUUCUGGUGAUGUGCUGAAAAGGUGGACAGUAUGCACACAAAACCGUUUGUUAGAUCUGUCACGAAGGUCAGAAGGCAUCGGUUUCUGCUCCUCUAGGGGACCUAAUGUUAUUUUAUCUGGUACUGGAAGAUGAAGUAUAUCUAAAAUUAAAGAAAAACAAAAAAACAAGAGCAAGGAAGACUGAAUCAGAUCCCAAAUGGGAAUGCAAAUUGUCUUAAUACCUAGUGCACAAUAUUGGGAUGUUUGUGCCUCUUCUCACUUUUGUCAGCAAUGAAACACUACCAUUAAAACUGCAGUCAUUUUAAAUUUUGUUUGACAGUUUUCCUACUGUGCUCUUGGAUUCCUUUGUGUGAGCAAAUGCAAUAAAUGACACUAUUCUUAAUUUAAGUUUUUAAUUAGACAGGAGUUAGCCGAGUCCUC